AAGGUGAAUCUACAGCAAAUCUCACCAGAGGACACCAACUCCAACCGUGGAGACAGAGCAGGAAGCCAGAGGGUGAGGCCCCGCAGAGCGGCGGGUUGUUAUAAGGGCAGGUGCUGGGACAGACAGGGACGAACUUAGUACGCAGCACAGCGAGGGUGAGAGGCCAGGUCUGCUUCCUUACCUGUAAGAUGGAGUAGCCAUGAUCCUCUCCAAGGAGGGGCCCCCUUGGAGGAAAGGCACGCACCGCACUCGGCCCAGGCCAGCACUUCGUGCUCACUAAGCGCUCAGGAUGUGGAUCCAGCGGUUGUGACCAUGAUCAUCAGGACAGCGUUCCCUGUCCCCACUGAGCCGUCAGCAUAUCAAGAAGAAAACUUGGAAGAUUUAGAUCUUCAUUUCUUCCAUAGUUGAAGAAGAUACCUCUUCCACCUUGGCAAGGCUCUUUGGCAUCCCACCCUGGAAGGAUAUGGCCAAGUUUGAUGAGAAAGGUUGACCCCACUUUGGGGCAGGAUCGCACCUGGGACGGUGCAGGCAGGCCUCUGGCUUGCCCCAAGCGCUUCCCAACAUGCCUGCUUUUCCCGGAAGAAAGUGUGAGAUGCCCAAACGGACCAUAUGGUUUGGAGCGAGAGCCUUGGAGCCCACAGACAAUGGGGAAGUGAGAGGCCCAGCCAGUCUGUCCCGCGGCGCUGAUUCCAUGACCCACACGCCCCUGAUGGCUGAUUCCUGUUCCUGCACCAGGGGAAUGCCUGCACCUCCUCCCCACUCUUCCUGAGGAUGAGGAAGUUGAGGAGGAGGGGAAAUAAACCAGUCGGUCACACUUCAGCUGGCACUGGCCAGGAGCUGCUCUGUGCCGAUGCAGACAUGAGCACCCAUGAGGACGCAGAGGCCGGAACAAUGAUGGAGAAACUGAGGUCGGGAAGGAAGAGUGCAUCCAGAGACGCACAGCAAGUGGGGAGACCUGUGCCAUCUCUGCGGACGGAACACGUUGCUGGUUCUCGUGCCCACGCCCCACCCCCACCCAGAGGCUGACGAGUGUGUGCUGUGCGUGUGCUGGGUGAGGGGAGCGAAGGGACACCACAGCCCUUCUGAGAGGCUGGACCAGCACAGGCCUCAGCCUCCCCAGGCAAGCCCGCCAGGUUCCCACAGAAAGCAAGGCUGGUGUGCAAGGAGCCCAGGCCCACCUCAGGGUGGGCCAGGGAGGUGUGUCCAGGUGAGAUGCAGCUAGCCCCCAGAUGGGUCCUCCGUCCACUCACAGGGGCAGCAGGAGGACUGCGGACCGCCGAUAGACAGCAGAUGCCACCGCCCACAGAGUCACCUGGCCAGCCAGGGCCCUGGAGCUCAGACUCCAAGCCUUCAGCCUCCUCUCCCACAGCAGGCGAGCUCUUUGGCUCCCGUGCUCUCUCCUGCCUGGGGUCACUCAGCUCUGCCCUCUACCUGUGAUGUGAUGGAUGCCCUCUCUACUGCCUCCGCAGGCCAAAAUCCAGAUCGUCUUUUUAGGACCAGCUCCUUCCUGAGACUUCAGAGUCUGGCUCCUUUUCUUUUCAUCUCAGGCAUGAGAUGAGGUUUCCUGGUCUUCCUCAGAGUUCUGCCCCUGAAGUUUGAGCCGGCUGGUGGAGGAGACUCGCCGCACAGUGGCAGAGAUGGGGCCGCCAUUCCCAACACAGACUCCUCUCUCACCAACCGAGUCACCAGCUCUCUGCACCCCAGGCAGUUCAGCACACAGCACUGCUCAGCAGGGGCCGCUGGAUGUGACCUCAAGAGCUGCAGUGGAGUCCCCCCGCCAUCGCCCACCCCACACCCCUCUUCUCCUGAGGAAAUCCCUCAAUCCCAGAUUUCCUGGUCCCCGACUUGCGCGGCCUCCGCUUGUCCUCAGCACAAGCCCGCUUAUGCCCAUCAGCUGAGAAGGAAAGGGCAGGCUUGCCUUGUUCUCAGAUGUGCACAGAGCCAUCUCAGCCCACAGGACCCUGGCAGGGAGGCAAGGACUGAGGGCAGCCCGGGGCGCUCCCCUUGAUUCCUGAGACAUCUGCUCCAGCAAACCUAAGAAUGUGAGCGUAGUUGGCAAAGGUUAAUACCAUCUCCCUGAUGGUGGAGAAGCUGAGUCAGAGAAGUUAGGACAUUUAUGCACAGGGGCCAGGGCAGGGAGGGGGCAGGGCUUUGGGGAAAGUCACCUCCACUUUCUGAGGCUUGACCAGGAGGCAGCACCUCGGUUAUGAGCUGGGUCCUGGAGUCAAACAAAAGGUGUGAAGCCUUAAUCCUCCACUCACGGAGGUUUUGUGUGGGUUUGGAGAAAUUGCUUAACUAAUCUGAACUUCAUUCUUCUCACCUGCAAAGUAGGGAAUUGCCUCACAGAAUUUGAUGAGCUAGUGUAGGAGGAACAUAUAGCACUGGCCCAGCUUGGAGCCCUGAGGUGGAAAAGAACCUGGUAAAUCUGAGGCCUGGAUGAGUCAAGGCAGGUGAAGAGAUGGAGGUGUCACCUCUUCUUACUGGGGGCUCUCCCUCCAAGUACAGAGUCAGCUCCCAGGAAGCCUCAGAUGGGUCCACAUCAAGCCCCUCAGAGGUCCGCUCUGGCACCCUCAGACUCCUCCUGAGCCUCCCGUGUCAGUGCAUCUUCCGUUGCCCAAGUGUAUACUGGCUCUGACUCUGCCAGCCCAGUGCCAGGGAAACUGGGCCAGGAACCUCUCCCCCUGCUGCAGCCAAGCCUGUCCUUUCCUCCUGGGAGUUCCAAGUGCUGUGCAGCAGCGCCCUCUGCUGACAGAUCUUAAGAAGACACCCACAGCCGGCAUCUCCAUGGCCCAGAACUUUAGACUUCUCUGGACACUGAGGAGGCCCGUCUCUACUCUACAAAAAGCAGAGGGGAAAUUGAGCCCUGGACUUGCCCAAGGUGCCCAGUGAGCAGCAGCACCAGAAGCAGAGCCCAGGCAGCCCAGCCUCCCAGCCUCCCAGCAGCUGUUUUGCCCCCUCAUUUCACAGCCACUCGCCUCUGUUACUUGACUUGGAGCAUCAAAUUGAAGGGGCACUGGACCAAAUACAGAACAUGCUCUGAACAGACUCUCUCAAAGAACUGUCAGUAAAAGAACGAAUCCUGCGCCAAAUGAGAAACUCCAGUGGCACCUUCAAAAUCACUCAUCAGAGUCAGGGAAGGGACCCCAGAGCUCCCAUUGUCUGAGGUCGGCACAGGAGUGGUGCAGCAGGUACAAACAAGCAAAGAAGAAAGACAAAGCAUGCAUGUGUCCCACUUCAUUCAUUCAUUCGCACUCAAUCAUUAGUCAUUACCGUUCACCUGCUCUGCAGCAGGGGCUUAGAAUGCAGCGACAGUGGACAAGGCGGACAGCUCCUACCCUCCUGGGCCUCCCAGGCAUUGCACAAAGACUGGCCAACACGGCGAGGGCUGGAAGGAGAAGCAGGGAGCCUCGAGAGGGGCAAUGGGAGAGCCCUCUCUGCAGGGGCUGUUUCAGCUUAGUCCUGAGGGAGGUAGAGCUGGCCUUGAGGAUGGCAAGAGGAGGGAGCUGCAAGCAGAGGGAGCGAUUAGUGCAAAGGCCCUGAGCUGGAAAAGCAUCUGGAACUUUUGAGGGCCUGCAAGGAGCCGGGCUUCUGUGACACGCCAAGAAAGACCCUGGUCUCUUCUGCUCUGCCUUGUAUCAAGACUCCCUCUUUGACUGCCAGCAGUCAGCAGGCCCUUCAGACUUGGUCUCCAUGGCCUUCCUUUUUAAGGCCCGCUGAGCAGUGAUGUCCACCAGGCCUCUGCCAGGCUCUGCAGGUCCAGAGGAGAAUAAGGCAGUGCCCUCUUCUCGGCGUGUCCACAGUCCUGACGGGAAGGCAGACUAUAAUCCAUAGAGCGUGACGGCAGUGCUAUGCAUAUGCCUGGAAUGUUCUGGAAAUACAGUUGAAAGAUAGCAGAUCCAGCAUGGAGUGGGCCGUCAGUGCUUCAAGGAAGGGCUAUCAGGAGAAGCUGAGCUGAGUUUCAAAGGAGUAAGGACUGAGGGGACGACAAUCCGCCUGGCACCCUCUAGGUGGUCCUCCAAAAGAGCAGGCAGGCCUUGGUGAACUGGCAGGCUCUCCACCUGUGGACUGGCUUCAAGUGUCUCGGAGGAGAUGUGAAGAACUACCAUAACUACCGGUGGACACUCCCUCGCCCGGCCCGCGCGCUGCGCCUUUAAGGUCUACUGGGGGCGUGAUGUCAGCUGCCCGCGGGCACUUGGAGCGCGAGCCCGGCGGCCCGCGCGCUUCGGCGAUUCCGAGCCAUUCCGAACCCGUUGUGGAGAAGGACCUGCCUGCCGGUAGCUCCGCGUCCCUGACUUCGCCCGUCCGGCGCGCUCGCCCGUGGGCCAUGACCAGCAGACCCUGAACGGGCACCGAGCCGGCUCCGGGAACGCGAGGCUCCGCGGCCCCGGCCAUGGGCAACUUCCAGCUGGAAGACUUUGUGGCGGGCUGGAUCGGAGGUGCAGCGAGUGUCAUCGUCGGCCACCCUCUGGACACAGUCAAGGCUCGCCUGCAGGCCGGCACUGGCUACGGGAGCACCCUUAGCUGCAUCCGCACUGUGUACAGGAGGGAGAGCGUGUUUGGCUUCUUCAAGGGCAUGGCCUUCCCCCUCACCAGCAUCGCUGUCUACAACUCAGUGGUGUUUGGGGUCUUCAGCAACACACAGAGGUUCCUCAGCCACCACCGGUGCCAGGAGCCCGAGGCCGGCUCACCCCGCGUGCUGUCUGACCUGCUCCUAGCCAGCACGGUGGCUGGCGUGGUCUCUGUAGGGCUGGGUGCGCCCGUGGACCUCAUCAAGAUCCGGCUGCAGAUGCAAACACAGCCAUUUCGGGAAGCCAACCUCGCUUUGAAGCCCAGGGUGGCAACUCUUGGGGAACAGCCAGCCUACCAGGGGCCUGUGCAUUGCAUCAUAACCAUCGUGCGGACUGAAGGCCUGGCAGGGCUGUACCGGGGCGCCAGUGCCAUGCUGCUGCGGGACGUCCCGGGCUACUGCCUCUACUUCAUCCCUUAUGUGUUCCUGAGUGACUGGAUUACGCCCGAGGCCCACACAGGCCCCAGCCCCUGUGCUGUGUGGCUGGCGGGAGGCAUGGCAGGAGCAAUUUCUUGGGGGACAGCAACUCCUAUGGAUGUCGUGAAGAGUCGACUGCAAGCUGACGGGGUUUAUAUAAACAAAUACAAAGGUGUCCUGGACUGUAUCUCCCAGAGUUACCAGAAGGAAGGUCUUAAAGUGUUUUUCAGAGGCAUCACGGUCAAUGCCGUGCGGGGCUUCCCCAUGAGCGCGGCCAUGUUCCUUGGGUACGAGCUCUCGCUGCAGGCGAUCCGCGGGGACCACGUGGCGACCAGCCCCUGAGCGCAAGAGCCAGCAUCACCUGACCAGGGCCUCAUUCUGCUACAGCUGAUACUGAUGGCGGCAUCUCUAGAACCUGCGGCAGCGAAUUUACUGAAGAGAAAGAACGCCUCCCCGCCGACCCUCAGCCAACCGGUCUCACCUCCGGAAUCCCUGCUUUCCCAGUUGCAAGCACUCUUCCUCACCUCUGGGCUGGGGCCCCUGAGCUGCUGCCUUGGAAGGACCUUUGAUUCAUGACCAUCUAUUGCAGAUCCUCACUGGCACCUGAUAUCAAGCAGGAUCAAAUAGACCCUGCCCCCAAGACUGCUGUAAACUCACUGGGAAUUCACAGAGGAGCUGGAGUUGUCUCGAAGCUCCCAAAUAAAAACAUUUCUGUAU